AUGAACAAGGGACAGCAAGUGCAUGACCAUUGUCUUUGGAUGAUGGGAUACAUAAAUGAGCUGGAAGCCUUAGGGUCUGGGCUAGACCACAUCACCAAGGUAGACGCCAUUCUGAAUUCUAUGCCUCCGUCCUACAAUCAGUUUAUCAUGAAUUAUAACAUGAAUAAGUUGAACGUCAGCUUAUAUGAGCUCCGCAAUAUGUUGCAACAAGCUGAGGAACUGAUUCAUAAGGAUGAGUCUGUCACCAUGCUUAUGGAAGCAAGCAAGUGUUGCAAGAAGAGGAGGUCGAAGAAGAAACCCCAGAAAAAGGGCAACAAAUCCAAGAAACAGAAGAAAGACAGGGCAUCCGAUGCCUGUCACCAUUGUCACCAGACCAGCCACUAG